GAAAGGCGCGACUCUGCGCGCCGCCGGGAGCGCGCGCUCCUGCGCACGGCCCCGCCCUCUGUCGCGCGCGGACCCGCGCGGGGCUGGACUCGCAGCCCCUCGCCCUGCCCUCCCCAGUGCGCUCCCCCCCGCCGACCCGCUCGCCAUGCGCUCCCUGCCGGCUCGCGUGCUGCUCCUCUCCGGGCUCCUCGUGUCUCUCUUCGGGGCCGAGAAGGUGAAACAGCGCGGACUUCGCCAGCGGGACGCGGAGUUCACCGAGAGAUAUAACGGCUGCCUGCAGGGCCCGCCGGGCACACCGGGAAGGGAGGGCAAUCCAGGUGUGAACGGCAUUCCCGGGACCCCCGGCAUCCCAGGGAGGGACGGCCAGAAGGGCGAGAAGGGGGAGUGCGAGAGGGAGAUCUUCGAGGAACCAUGGAAACCCAACUACAAACAGUGCGCCUGGAACUCGCUCAACUACGGCAUCGACCUGGGAAAAAUCGCGGAGUGCACGUUCACCAAGAUGCGCUCGGACAGCGCUCUGAGGGUCCUCUUCAGCGGCUCCCUCAGGCUCAAGUGCCGCACGGCCUGCUGCCAGCGCUGGUACUUUACCUUCAACGGCGCCGAGUGCUCGGGUCCGCUGCCCAUCGAGUCCAUCAUCUACCUGGACCAGGGCAGCCCUGAGCUCAACUCCACCAUCAACAUUCACCGCACCUCGGCAGUGGAGGGUCUCUGCGAGGGGAUCCACGCUGGCCUGGUGGAUGUGGCCAUAUGGGUGGGCACCUGUGCCGACUACCCGCGAGGGGACGCCUCCACGGGAUGGAACUCCGUGUCCCGGAUCAUCAUCGAGGAGUUAUCGAAAUGAGGCCCCCGAGCCCCGCCGCGCCCCCAGUCCGGGACCCCCGGAUCUGCCCGACCGUGACGGCGUCCCACCGGUGGGAAACAUCCGUCAGUCACACGCUCGACAGCUGCCUUUUUGGAUGUCAGGAAAUUGUUUAUCAUAUGGGUUAUGCUUCAGGGUGGGAUUAAACUUGGACCAUCUGAUAAUCCCACGUGAGGAGUUUGUUACUAUUGGUGCAUU